AUGCAGCAUCGUAACUAUCUUCUUCUUUCGGUCGCCUUCCUAGGUUCCGUACUCGCGAUAGAUGCGCCAAUCGAAGGGUACGGAGUUGUCAUCCCUGAGUGGGAGGUCGAAGUGACCUCGGGGUCGACGACAGUACUAGGAGGAACGAUAGAAGAGAUCCAUGAAGAGCUCCUUCAGUUGAACCCUAAUUGGGAUGAAGAGUACAUGCCCAACUCUACACAGGCUGCUGCCGAUACUGAAAAGAGAGAUCUCGACAAGCAUCUCUUUGGCCGGACUAACUUCAACGGGGCGAAAUAUACAUGCCGCGGCCGCUGGCCGGAGUGCCACCCAGCUCCUAUUGUACGAGGUAUAGAGUACCUGAGAUACGUCCAAGGAAAGCCGAAGAAUGGGCCUGGUCCUGGAAACUGUGGCCGAGUAAGCUGUUCCAACAACGCCGGGAUCUGGUGGUGUAACGAUAACGCCAGCUCCAAAACUUUGAAUGGAUUUGGAAGCAUUGCAGAUGGCGCUGAGUAUAUCAACGAUAAGUGCACACGAUGGGGCUGGCAAAACGGUGGUUACAGAAGCUUCGUAUCUGGACAGGUGUUCCACAAGACUAACUGGAACGUCAUUGUGCGAAAAGACAAGUGUUGA